GUGCUUAAGUAUGUAUGCCUUCUGUGUGACUGUUAGGGUCAUAAAAGUUCUUUGUUGCUUUGAAAAUCAAUUUCUGAGUGGGUAACUACUAAGCAGUGCAUUGGACACUUUAAAAAAUGAAAUUAUCUGUUUCAGAUGCUUUUAAAGGCAUUGUUGCUAAGAAUGAGGAGAACACUAGAUGAUGAUGUAUUCAUGCCCUUAUAUCCAAAAAACAUCUUAGAAAACAAGAACUCUGGUCCAUAUUUGUUUUUCCAGCGUCAGUUUUGGUCCUCUGUUAAGUUAUUAGGAAACUUUCUCCAGUGGUAUGGAAUCCUUUCAAACAAAACUCUUCAGGAAUUGUCAAUAGACGGUCUGCUAAAUCGAUACAUACUCAUGGCUUUUCAAAACUCUGAGUAUGGAGAGGACAGCAUUAAGAAAGCUCAGAGUGUAAUUGCCUGCUUUCCUAAACAGUGGUUUGCUAAUCUAAAAGGAGACAAAACUAUUUCUCAGCUAGAAAACUUCUGUAGAUACCUUGUUCAUCUGGCUGAUACAAUUUAUAGAAACAGCAUUGGUUGCUCUGAUGUGGAGAAAAGAAAUGCGAGGGAGCACAUAAAGCAGGUCAUAAAGCUUCUAGCAAGUAUCCGAGCACUGGAUCAUGCUGUGACAGUUGCAAAUGAUCACAACGUAAAAGAGUUAAAGAUUUUAAUAGAAGGAAAAUAGACUUUUCUGACAACUCAUUUUGAGCUUUAAAAUCAUUCCUGAUGUGUAAUUUAUGUACAUAUGUAAAGUUUCUUAAACUGUAAAGUAUUGAUCUUUGUUUUAAUACAAAGUGCAUUCUUAUAUACAGCGUCCUUUAAAAAAAAAAAUAAAAAAUUACUUCUUUGAAAACAAAAAUGGAAUCCCAAGAUUGUCAUCUUUCCAGAAAUCAGAUUUUCCUUAAAGUUUCUCAAAAUCUUGUUUACAGAAAUACUUUGUACCCAUGAUUAGUAGUCAUCUAUCUUGGUAAUUGUUCCAUGGUUAACUGGAAUGUGUAUAAUAUAUUAUGUGUAAUACAAUGUAUGCAUAUAUUUAUACCACCACGUUGCUUUCACACUGGAUAUAGAGAUCAUUACUGUUGGAAUAAGCUUCUCAUUUGCUUAAAAAUACUUAUUUUGACAAUAAAGUGAUCAUAUUAUUGGUCAAAAGGGCUGGCAAAACAUUCUAAUAUGUGAAAAUCAUUUGAACUAAAUAGUUGAGACGCUUUCAAAUGGAACCUGACCUUUAAAAAGCAGCUGCGCUGC